CAAGCUCUGAAACACUCAAAACAAGAUCAACAAAUAAGAUGGCAAAGCAAUGUCUGGUCUUUGCAAUGGUUUUGGUAUUAGGAACUUUAGUUUCAGUUACAACUGCUGCAUCUUUGGCCUCAUUUGUUUUUGGUGAUUCACUGGCAGAAGUAGGGAACAACAACCAUCUGCAGUAUUCUUUAGCAAGGUCUGAUUAUCCCUGGUAUGGGAUUGAUUUUACUGGCAGAAAAGCUACUGGUCGGUUCACGAAUGGACGAACCAUAGGCGAUAUUCUAUCUGAAAAGCUUGGGACUUCAUCCCCACCACCUUACCUUUCUUUGUCACAAAAUGAUGAUGCAAUCCUUCAAGGGGUUAAUUAUGCUUCUGGUGGAGCUGGAAUUCUCAAUGAAACAGGCCAAUAUUUUAUUCAGAGAUUGACAUUUGAUGAUCAGAUAAAUUGCUUUAAAAAGACCAAGGAAAGAAUCGGGGCUAAAAUAGGUGCACAGGCUGCAAACAAGCUUUGCAAUGAGGCCACUUACUUCAUUGGAAUUGGCAGUAAUGAUUAUGUCAACAAUUUCUUGCAGCCCUUUCUACCUGAUGGGCAACAGUACACACAUGAUGAAUUUGUUGAACUCUUGACAUCAAAUUUGGAGCAACAGUUUUUGAGGCUUUACCAGCUCGGAGCACGAAAGAUAUUGUUCCAUGGGCUAGGGCCAUUGGGCUGCAUUCCUUCUCAGAGAGUGAAAUCGAAAACGGGGCAAUGCUUGAAAAGAGUGAAUGAAUGGGUGAUGGAGUUCAACUCCGAAGUGCAAAAGCUGAUAAAUUCAUUAAACAAACGCCUCCCGAAUGCGCAGAUGAUGUUUGCCGAUACAUAUCCAGCGGUUCUUGAUUUGAUCGAAAACCCCACAGAAUAUGGUUUUAAGGUUUCAAACACGUCAUGCUGCAAUGUCGAUACGAGCAUUGGUGGUUUAUGCUUGCCAAACUCCAAGUUAUGCAGUGAGCGCAAAGAUUAUGUAUUUUGGGAUGCUUUUCAUCCAUCAGAUGCAGCAAAUGAAGUGCUGGCUCAGAAGCUCUUCUCCUCUUUAUCAUCUUCUGCUUCUGCUCCUUCUCCUUCCCUUCCACCAAAGCCUGAAUGAUUCCUUUCUCAAACAUUGUUUUUGCACAAAAGUCCAGAGCCAAAACCAAACAUGAUUGUCAUAAUGUAAUAAUUUAUGAAAUAGUUAUGUGUUAUAAUUUUACUGUUCCAAAGUGAACAUUGAGGACAAUAUUAAUAGAGACAUGCCAUACUAUUUGGUUUUGUGA